AUGCUUUCAAUUAGAAAUAUCACUAGGAGAUCUCCACGAUUACUAAAGACAAGGUGUUUUGUAAACAAUUAUUCCAACUCCACGUUUAAAACUGCAGUGGAAACAGCUGAAAAAUUGGUAUCUCCACCAGCUAGUAAAUUUGAAGACCCAUUCUCAAUAGUAAGUCAUGAAAUGUCAAAUUUAGCAAAGUCUAUAGCGAGUUUGAUUGGGUCAGGACACCCUGUUUUGAAUCGAGUCAGUUCGUAUUAUUUUGAAGCCGAAGGGAAAAAUGUUCGUCCUUUAAUUGUGUUAAUUUUAUCUAAAGCUUUACUGAAAAUCCCAAUUGAACAAAGAAAUAGAAUACAAAUUGAUACUUUUGAUGUUACUGAUCAAACUAAAUUCAAUGGUACACCAACUACUGAAAAUAGCACAAUUGCUGGUAAAUCAGUCGAUGAUUCUUUAUCCCCAUUGGCUAUUUUACAUGGAAUUAAUCCAAAAGUCAUCUUGGAUCCUUUAAGCAAACCAAUGGAUAGAUUACCUAUAUUGGAUGGAAACACUACUGGAAUAUUACCUAAACAAAGAAGAUUGGCUGAGAUUGUGGAAAUGAUCCAUACUGCUAGUUUAUUGCAUGAUGAUGUCAUCGAUUUGUCUGAUUCCAGAAGAGGUAGACCAAGUGGGAAUAUUGCAUUUACAAAUAAAAUGGCUGUUUUAGCAGGUGAUUUCUUAUUGGGAAGAGCUUCUGUUGCCAUCGCCAGAUUAAGAAACCCAGAAGUUAUUGAAUUGUUGAGUACUACCAUUGCCAAUUUGGUUGAAGGGGAAUUUAUGCAAUUGAAGAAUACCGUUAUACAAAACAACAAUGAUGAUCAAAUAGUAAAUGAUGGUGAAGUUAAAGAAAUCCCUCGUCCUACAGGUAAAGUUCCAACCAAACUCCAUGAUUAUUCUGUUAGAACUGUUGACCAUGAAACAAAUGUUGAUGCUGCAUUUGAAUAUUAUUUGCACAAAACAUAUUUGAAAACAGCCUCAUUAAUGUCCAAGUCUUGUCGUGCAGCAGCUGUUUUAAGUGGUGCUCAAGAUGAUGUCAUUGAAAACUGUUAUAGUUUUGGAAGAAAUUUGGGAUUAUGUUUCCAAAUAGUCGAUGAUAUGUUGGAUUAUACUAGUAGUGAUAAAGCUAUUGGUAAACCAAGUCAAGCUGAUUUGAAAUUGGGAUUGGCAACUGCUCCAAUAUUGUAUGCAUGGAAAGAAGAACCAGCAUUAGGUGAAUUAAUUGGCAGAAAGUUCAGUCAACCAGGUGAUGUUGAAAUAGCCAGAAGAGCUGUUGAUAAAUAUAAUGGGGUUGAAAAAACAAGAGAAAUGGCCACCAUGUAUUGUCAUGAAGCAUUGAAGAAUUUAAGAUGUUUACCUGACUCUGAAGCUAGAAGUGCAUUGGAAUUAUUGACCAAUUCUGUUUUAACCAGAAGUAAGUAG